UCGACGCAUGAAGGAAAUUAGCAAACUCUUUGAUGGGUUUUUGGAGAAGAUCAUUGAUGAGCACAUAAACAAUCCUAAAGACCGUAACAACAACCAGAAGGACUUUAUUGAUGUGAUGUUCUCUUUGAUAAAGGAAUCAAAACAUAUGCAGGCAGAAGAAAACCGCUACAUGCUCGAUCGAACUAGUAUAAAAGGAAUCAUUUUAGACAUGAUUUUGGCUGCAAUAGACACAUCGGCUGUCACAAUUGAAUGGAUCCUCUCAGAACUCUUAAGGAAUCCUAAGGUGAUGGAAAGGCUCCAAGAGGAGUUGAGGAAUAAAGUUGGCAUAGAUCGGCUAGUUGAGGAAGAGGAUUUAGUUAAACUGGAGUACUUGGACAUGGUUGUGAAGGAAACCAUGAGGAUUCAUCCUGUUGCUCCGUUGCUAGCUCCCCAUGAGUCCUUGGAAGACAUAACAAUCAAUGGAUACCAUAUACCCAAGAAGUCUCGUGUCAUUAUAAAUGCUUGGGCAAUUCAAAGGGACCCUAAUGUGUGGUCAACUUAUGGUGAUGCUGAAAAAUUCUUGCCCGAAAGAUUUAUAGAAAAUAAUAUUGACAUCCGCGGACGUGACUUCCAACUUAUCCCAUUUGGAUCAGGUCGUAGAGGAUGUCCUGGUAUACAUCUGGGCCUAACAGUUGUGAAACUAGUACUUGGACAAUUGGUACAUGGCUUCAAUUGGGAGUUACCCAAUGGCAUGUCACCUGACGACUUGGACAUGACUGAGACGUUUGGCCUAUCUGUUCCAAGAGCAAACCAUCUACUUGUUAUUCCAAGUUAUCGCCUUUGCCUUAGUGGCAACAAUUUGUAAGGAG